AACUAUUUUGACGCUCAGCCACCAUUUCAACUCGGUGAAGCAAUACUGUCAGGAAGUUUCAGCGAGGGCCUUUUUCUUUAUAGCUCCGAACCUCCAGAUAUGGACUUCAUGUGUGUGUUAAAAAAUAUCACGUUUUCUCAAGAACAUCAGGAAGAUGGCAACUUGCAGUUAAGAGAAGAUACGCCUUUUGUUUACGCAUUCGUCACAAACAAUGAAACACAACAUCUGUGGGCAUGUUUUUUUGACGAAGAAGAUAAGCAAGCAGGAAAACAUCGAUUAUCUUCGAAAAAAUUGAAAGAAAAGCUUCGUGAAAAUUACCAAAAAGCAGGGAGAAUUUUCCGUAGUUACUGCAAUGAAAAGAUCGACGGGGUUUCGGAAGGCGCGGCUGUGACAAUCCGUAAGCUAAAACCUUAUGUAUCAUUUUUCCACAGUUUUUCAGAAAUCGCAAAGGAAAUCUUAAGGCAACCAAUAAAUGAACGGUGUAAAAUAAACAAGAAGUUGUUUAAGCAGAUGAGAGUUGACUUACUAUACAAAAUAAUUCCCUCGAGUGACAUAGUGUUGUCUAUUUACUGCGAGGGAUGGCCAUCGUGUGCACUAGAAUGGAUUACGCGAGUACGACUUUGGCCUGAUGUAUCUUUGGUGGAGAAAAUCACACAUGGAGGAUUUCAUAUUAUACCAAAGAGCUCAGCCGAUGGAGAUUUUCGUCUGUCUUUUUCAGGUGCUGAAACAAUGUUGAUUAAAACUCUCGCACCACCACAGCACAAGGUAAUGAGAGCUUUCAAAGCUGUAAUAAAAUAUUCUCAAAAUACCUGGAAUCCAAAUGAGAAGGAAAUUAUAUCGAGUUAUCAUUUGAAAACCAUCGCGUUUUGGCAUUUUGAGAAAACCUCACAAGAAUCUUGGACUGAAGACAAUUUAGUUCACCAUCUUAUCACACUACUCGAAGAGUUAGCAGAAGCUUUGAGAAUUCAAAGUCUGCCAAUGUAUUUUAUGCCUAAGGUUAACCUCUUCCAAGAUGUUGAUGAUCCUGAAGUCACGAUGAACUUACUGGAAAAGAUUUCAUCACUUUCACACAAUUACUCUGCGAUGUCUGAAGCUGUAAACAAUAAGAAUACUUUAAAAGGAAUUGUUUUCACUCAAUCUGAACGCGACAACCUUGCUAAUAUGUUUCAUAACAUACGUGAAGAAAACUUGAAAAAAAAGGAGGAGGGUGGGGACAAUUUAUUCACCUGGUACGAUUUUCUAGUCGCUAUUUGUAACCCUAAUAUUUGCAAAUCGCCAUUCAUUCGUUUACUUUCACAAUAG